AUGCAUCGUCUCCUCAUUCUGCCUUCUUCUACAUUGUUGUGCAUAGCCACAUCUGAUGGCUCUCUUCCACUUAUAUCUCUGGCGCACUCUGACCCUGACCCAAUGAUAAAUCCCUCGACCUCUCGUGACCUCCUCUGUGGUUUAACAUCUGCACCAGGUUCACGCUCAUCCGGAAUCACACAGAAACUAGAUGAACGCCUUCACCCGGGCACUACAGUCCAUCGCGGUACCCGGUUCAUCCUCCCAUCUAUUGGCCUUACUGGCGCACCAUGCCAAUGUCUGGUUGGAUCCCAUAUCGUCAUAUGGUACCAUACUCGGCCAAGGCAGCUGACCAGGUUAUCCUCCGAGUCUUCCUCCCUUCAUGCACAGCCUCCACGCUGCCAAUCCGGUUGGGCUCUGACGUGCGAGAAUGCGCUUGACUACACCUUCCUAAACAACAUGUGGUUAGACACGCCACAUGUUCUCAGUACUUAG